AUGGCCUUGGAGACGGUGCCAAAGGAUCUGCGGCAUCUGCGAGCUUGUUUGCUGUGUUCACUAGUUAAGACUAUAGAUCAGUUUGAAUAUGAUGGCUGCGACAAUUGUGAUACAUACUUGCAGAUGAAGGGUAACCGAGAGAUGGUAUAUGAUUGCACCAGCUCAUCCUUUGACGGAAUCAUCGCAAUGAUGAGUCCAGAGGACAGCUGGGUCUCUAAGUGGCAGCGAGUCAGUAAUUUUAAGCCAGGAGUGUAUGCAGUGUCAGUUACUGGUCGCCUGCCUCAAGGAAUCGUGCGGGAGCUGAAGAGUCGAGGUGUAGCCUACAAAUCCAGAGACACAGCCAUAAAGACCUAA